UAUCGCCACAUCUAUACACAACCACGCAUAUUUCCAUUUCCUCUUUCUACCAUUAAUCUCUUUGCAGAUCGCAACUUUGUUUUUUCCAUAAAGAUCGCACUGUGGGCAAGAAAUCGUUUUUCAGUGAACGAUCUGGAAUUCAAUAGGGGACAUGGACAUGGAAACCUUCCUUUUCACCUCAGAGUCUGUCAAUGAAGGCCAUCCUGACAAGCUUUGCGACCAAGUCUCAGAUGCCAUUCUUGAUGCUUGCCUAGAACAAGAUUCAGAGAGCAAAGUUGCUUGUGAAACCUGCACAAAGACUAAUAUGGUCAUGGUCUUUGGAGAAAUCACAACCAAGGCCAAUGUAAAUUAUGAGAAGAUAGUUCGAGAUACGUGCAGGGGCAUUGGCUUCACAUCACCUGAUGUUGGUCUUGAUGCGGACAACUGCAAGGUGCUCGUAAACAUCGAGCAACAGAGUCCUGACAUUGCCCAGGGAGUUCAUGGUCAUCUGACCAAGAAACCUGAGGAAAUCGGAGCUGGUGACCAAGGUCACAUGUUUGGCUAUGCCACUGAUGAAACACCGGAGCUCAUGCCCCUCACUCAUGUCCUUGCCACCAAGCUUGGUGCCAAGCUCACUGAAGUAAGAAAGAACAGGACUUGCCCAUGGCUGAGACCUGAUGGCAAGACCCAAGUUACUGUUGAGUACAGGAAUGAUGGUGGUGCAAUGGUUCCUAUUAGAGUACACACCGUUCUUAUCUCAACCCAACAUGAUGAGACCGUAACAAAUGAAGAAAUUGCUGCAGAUUUGAAAGAGCAUGUAAUCAAGCCCGUCAUCCCUGCUCAGUACCUUGAUGAAAACACGAUCUUCCACCUCAACCCAUCUGGUCGAUUUGUUAUUGGUGGACCCCAUGGAGAUGCAGGACUCACUGGUAGAAAAAUUAUCAUCGACACCUAUGGUGGUUGGGGUGCUCAUGGUGGGGGUGCUUUCUCCGGUAAGGAUCCUACAAAGGUAGAUAGGAGUGGUGCUUAUAUUGUUAGGCAGGCUGCGAAGAGUGUGGUGGCUUCAGGACUUGCUCGCCGGUGCAUUGUGCAAGUUUCUUAUGCAAUUGGUGUUGCUGAACCACUCUCAGUGUUUGUUGAUACCUACAAGACAGGUAAGAUUCCCGAUAAGGACAUACUGGUUCUUAUUAAGGAGCAGUUUGACUUCAGGCCAGGAAUGAUCGCCAUCAAUCUUGAUUUGUUGAGAGGAGGCAACUUAAGGUACCAAAAAACAGCUGCUUAUGGUCAUUUUGACCGUGAUGAUCCCGAUUUCACCUGGGAAACCGUCAAGAUCCUCAAGCCUAAAGCUUGAGUACGUGGUUUACCAGCUGGACAAUGUUUCCUCAAGUUGAUUUCAUGUGGAAAUCGAAGUGGUUACAGAUUAAUAAAUAAGGUUCAUUGGGCAUAUUAACGUUACAAUUUCAUUUCCAGGACUCCAUUAUGGCGGGACUUUAGUGGUUUUAGUGAUUUAGCUCGAGGAACCGGAGCUGGAGUAUAUGUUUUUUGUCUCUUUUUUUCCCCUUUCUUUUCUAUUGUAUCUCCCUUGUUAGGGAAUUAUUGUUUGGAGGUAUUUCGCAAAACUCUUUUGUUUCAUUUGAUCAUUUUUUUUAACCAUUUCAAUUGGAGUUGAAUUAUGGAUGGCGGAUUUAUUU